UGGGUCAACCGGGAAGUGAGCGAUUUGAUCAGAAGGAAAUCUAAACAAGUCUUGUAAACAAAGUUUAACUCACUUAAAUAAAAUCAGCAUGGAUACUGGGCUGUUUAUUUUGGGAAUUUAGAUACUUAGGAGUUUUUAAAUAUCACAACACCCUGUUUAAUUCACCACGAUGCCUUCUUUAUUUGGUACAGGCAAAAAACGAGGGGGACGAUACCGUGAAAUAAAACAAAGCGGGAGUGAUAGUGAUGAAUUUUCUCUGUCGGAUGACGAAAAAGUCCUUUUCCAGAAAUCGGGAGAAAUAGAACUAAAUCUAUGUCCAGAAACGAGAAUAAAACGUGUUGAACGUGAAGAAUCGAGAUGCCGUAUUGUUCUUGUUUCUGUAACUAUUGCUGUUGUUUUGAUUUCACUGGUUGUUGUUGGUGUUUUGUUUUCAAACUUUGGAAGAGAAUCAGAAGUUCAAGUCAUAAAUCCCCAGACUUCACAACAAGAGACUAUUGACAAACAGAUUACAAUUGGGGAAGAUGGAGGAUGGACUGUUACCUAUAAAGAAAUGGCUGGCGAGGGAAGUGUGCGAUUGUUGGACGUUGAUCAUGAUGGCAUAGAUGAUAUCAUAUUUGCAAGUGCCGCUGCUCUACGUCAACCAUUCCAACAAAGCGAACAAGCUAAAACAUACGAUGUUCUACAUAAAGUUUGUAAAUCAAAAGGAGAAGACUAUCCAUGCAUGGGUAAUAUCAUAGCUGUAAGUGGUAUAAAUGGUUCACAGUUGUGGUCUUUGAAGACAAGGUCAGAGGUGUUUGCGAUGAAUUGUGAAGAUUUUGAUAUCAACAAGGACGGCAAGAAAGACUGUGUUGUGACGGGCAGAACUGGCCAGAUUUCCGCUUUUGAUCCUUACAAAGGUGAGACACUGUGGACUUGUGAAGAUGAUGAGAUGUUUGAAGCAUACUGGAACACCUAUCAUGCUGCAGCAUUACCAGACUGGGACAAUGAUAGUGUCCCUGAAGUCCUAAUUGCUAACGGCGGAGAUAUGACAAAACAACCUGAUGAUCAUAACCGAGCACCAGGACGACUGGUUGUAUUGUCGGGGGCCACUGGUAAACCAGUUAGCAAACGUUACCUGGAAAUGCCCAAUAGCAAAGAAACAUACAUGAGUCCAGUCAUGUUUACACCUGUUGAAGGUGGCGCCACCUACAUACUGAUUGGUAGCGGAGGAGAGACUGUGCCAGGUGAUUUAAUGGGAAUAUCAGUGAGAGAUUUCUGUCUCUAUGUACUUGGGGACGAUGCUGAAGUGUGUGGACCAAGUCAGGGAGAGGAAUAUACAGGGCUGGACAAGGAUAAAAAUGGCAUUUUUGUUAUUUAUAGAGGUGUUGAGAAAGGUGUAAUGGUACCACCAGUGGUUGUAGACUACAACAAUGAUAGUGUAAAAGAUAUUCUGAUGACCUCUUUUGAGGGCAUUAACAAUCUUUACAGUGGAAAAGAUCUUAGCCUCAUUUGGACAGCAAAUUUCUCCGGAAUGGAGACUUAUGGGACACCAGCCCCAGGAUAUUUCAAUGAUGAUGAGUACAUUGAUUUUAUGGUCACCUGGAACUUUGGUGUAUGGAUGGAAUAUUACAGUGUCUAUGUGUAUGUGAUCAGUGGUAAGGACGGCAGUGUUCUCUGGAACCUAGAGUCCAACUUUUUCCAGAUGAGUUCAAGUCUUAGUAUAGCCACAAGUCUUAAACAUCAUGAUGCCUUCGUGUUCAAAGUUCAAGGUCGGGACUCAAAAUUUAAAACGACAAAACAUGGACUUGUAAGAACUGAUAAAAAGGGUAGACAGCAUGUACAGGGUAGACAAAGACGUCAUGGUAAUGAAGAACCUGAUAUCAGGCAGCCGACACCUGAGUGGCGACGUAAGAAGUUUUACAGUGGUUUUAAUUGUGAUGAUGAUUUAUCAACAUACAAAGGAGAGGUGUUCAUUGUAGACAGGGACUCUAUACAGAGUCCUUAUAGAAUUCUUGAGAUCCCUACCAAGAAGCAUACUUACGAUGCUGCCCUAACAUGUAGCAGUAAGCCACCUUCUGGGCAUAGUGCUCCAUUCAAGCAUGAAGGAAAUCCGGAUAAUCAGGGUAACAACCAUCCUGCUCAAGAUGGUGAGUGGCAGGAAAAUUCUGAAGAAAUUGACAAUGUUGAUGACCACAAUGAUGACCAUAUCAAUAACAAUAUGGAUAAUAAUAAUGAUAAUAUUGAUGAUAUCAAUGAUAAUAUGAAUGAUAAUAAGGAUGAUGAUAAUGAUUUUAUUGAUGAUGAAAUGGAUGAUGAUGAUAAUGAUAAUAUUGAUGAUAAAAUGGAUGAUGAUAAUAAUGACAAUAUUGAUGAUAAUGCAGAAGAUGAUUUUUAUGAUAAUAAAGACAUCUCUGAGACGGACAAUAUGUAUGACACUACUGGCGAUAAUGCUAACACAGAAUUUAGUACUACAGAAAAGUAUGUAGAUUCUGCUCACGAGUCUGACGACAAAUCUAUAGAUACUGACUCUGAAGAUAAUAUACCAGGUAGAGAAAGUGGCUCACAUAGACCUAGGAGAGAGGAGAAGAAAGGGAAGAAGACAAUGUGCAGUGUUGAAGAUCCAGACAGCAUGAGCUCAGGUAUUAUUGGUGAUGUAGAUGGCGAUGGUAACCUUGAUUAUAUCAGUAUAACCUCAGCAAUCACCAUGAUGUACGAUGCCGAGUACUGUCCGCAGGCAAUGUCUGCUGAGCUUACUGUACAGAAAGUGAAUCUAGAAAAAGGGUUGCUUGGUAACAUCUUCCAUCAGGUCCCUGUGAAAGCUACAACUUCAAUGAAUAAUGCUGAUGUAAAAGCUUCGGCACUGCAUGAGAAAACAUUUCUUCCAAUGAUUAAACAAAGAUGGACUCAGUAUUUCGGAACAAGUGACAAAAACGUGUAUAAAUAGAUUGUACACUGUGCAAAGAUCAUUGAAGAUGAAUAUCACCAAGACAGAUUUUCUUCUUGAAUUGUUAUCAUGCUUACGAAAGCAGAGAGUUUGUUUGUGUGUGUCGCACAAUUUUAUGUGAUAAAAUACAGAUAUCUUUUACUUUUAUAUUAAACACUUAUUAUUCCGCCUUUAGCUAGUCUUGAACUAUCUUUUCUUAUUCUAAAUUAUUGUGAAGUUAAGGUUACAUAAUGUGAUAGUAUUGUAUUAGACUUAUAAGCUUGAAAGAUAUUUUUGCCAAAUAGUAAUUCUUUUGUAUGUUCUUAUAUUUCAUUUAUUUGAAGUUUUGUGCCAUUUUUUAUUUAUGCUUCAUUGUUUAAAAGUUAUCUUUUUACAUGUGUUAUUUUUUGUGAUAUAAGAUAUUACAAUAAUGCAGAUCCAAUUUGUGUACAAUGUAUAAGAGAUUUUAUUCAGAAACGUAUUAUCCAGUGUAUAUUUUCAAGAGGUACAUUGUAUAAUUAAAGAAGUAUAGAUCUACUAUGUGUAAAUGAGAAAAUAUU